AUGGACAUGAGGCUUCUGCUGCAUCCUGCUGUGGAUGUCUGCUACCAUCUAGGAGUGUCAUUGCUGUGGGGCGGGGGUGUCAGGCCUGAUCUAGGUUGUUCCAUUCUCCUGUUGGCCAGUGUGGUGUCCAGUCUUAGUGGAUUGGUCUUCGGGUAUGAGCUGGGAAUCAUCUCAGGUGCUUUGCUGCAGCUCAGGACAGAGUUCAAACUCUCAUGUGUCCAGGAAGAAGCUCUAGUCAGCUCUUUGUUGACAGGAGCCUUGCUGGCAUCCAUCUCGAGUGGCUACUUCAUCGACCAUCAAGGGCGCAGAGCCUCCAUUCUGCUAAGCAACGUGCUGGUCCUGGUUGGCAGCCUGAUCAUGCUGAUUAGCUCCUACGUUGCCGUGGUGUUGGGCAGGAUCACUGUCGGCUUUGCCAUGUGCAUUUCUUCCAUGUCCUGCUGCAUUUUUGUGUCUGAAAUGGUAACUCCCAAGUGUAGAGGCUUCCUGGUAACUCUGUAUGAAGCUGGAAUCACAGUGGGCAUCCUGGCAGCUUAUUUAAUGAACUACAUCUUGUCUGGUUCUAAAAGAGGGUGGAAGUGGAUGUUUGCAUUAGCCAUUGUACCAACUUUGCUGCAGCUGGUCUCCAUCUGGUGUCUCCCUUCCGGUACUAUGGAAUCUUUCAACCCAAGUGAGUCCUUUCAAACUGAAACAGACACCAUGAGCAGCGUUGAAACCCAAGAAGCAGAUAACUCAAAAGUCAGCUCCAGCAGCAAAAUCAAAAAGGGUCAGUACAGAAGCUUGUAUUUGUUCCAGCGUAAAGACAAUAUGAGGACUCGGACUAUCAUUGGACUUGGAUUGGUUCUCUUUCAACAAUUCACAGGCCAGCCAAACAUUCUUUUAUACGCUUCUACCAUCUUCCACUCUUUGGGAUUUAAGAGUGAGGCCUCAGCCAUGCUGGCAUCCGUGGGCUUGGGAUCGAUCAAAGUGAUCGCUACCCUGACCUCCAUGGUAUUUUCAGACAAGCUGGGCAGAAGGCCUCUGCUCAUCAGUGGCUGUUCCAUCAUGGCACUGUGUCUACUAACCAUCGGACUCCUCAGUGAUCACUCACAGAUAAAUGCUGUAAAGCCUUGUGAUUCUCAGGACUUCAGCAUUGACAGAACACGUCUACCUCAUUCACCUGUUGGUAAUCAGUCAGUUUUUGACGUGUAUCCUAAUUCAAAGCACUCUCCUGUUAACAACACACAAGAUGAUGUCACAUUUGAUAAAGUCAGCCAAGCUUCCCUGGAACCUGCAGCAGAAUCUCCUCAGAGUGUUCAUGGGGCACUUGCGAACUGGAUCAUUCUGUUGUGUAUGAUGGCUGUCGUCAGCGCAUACUCCAUUGGAUUUGGACCAAUGACGUGGCUUCUCCUGAGUGAAAUAUUUCCAGCUGCUGUACGAGGAAGGGCAUUUGCAUUCACCAACUGCUUCAACUGGGCUGCCAACCUGUUGGUCACAUUCACCUUCUUAAAUCUUACUGAGAUGAUUGGCCUGUCAGGGAUCUUUCUCCUGUAUGGGCUGACCAGUGUGGCAGCUGUAAUAUUUUUCUACUUCAUGCUACCAGAGACCAGAGGAAAGGAUCUGAUGGAGAUAGACAAAGAACUACGUUUGGACAGGUUCUACCAUGGUGAAGGGUGCUGUGGCUUUGGCAGUAGUAGAAACACUUUCCAGUAUGAGAGAGUGCACUGUCAAAUUAGCACAUUGGGGUGAUUAUGUCAACAUUCUCACAAAAGACUUCCUUGCACAUUAACUGCACUGGGAAAAUAAUUCCUCCAACUUGAGAUGCAGCUGCAGACCAAAUGAUUCACCCUUGCAGAGCAUUUUAGAAUUGAUGGUCUAGCUACUAAACUGUGGCACUGUCAAGACUGAACUCCACCAAACAAAAAAAAAAUUCAAGGGGUGGUCUCCAAAGCCGAGGGAGGAAUGGAUUUCAUUAUCUCAAAUAGUUUCAAAACUGGUAGCGAUCGUAUCCGCAUGAAUAAUAACACGAGGCCUCAAUGUGAGGUCCUCUACCAGCACAGUGAUCCAAGCAAAAAAAAAAAAAAAGUUUAUUAAAGCAGAUUUUAGUGUUGUUGCUGAAUAGAAAAAGAAUGCACAAUAUUGGUAACUUGAAAACUUUGCCAUGUUAGGAAUGGGCUUAAACUCAAGAGCAGCUGAAAUAUUUGUAGUAGCUUGCAUUUACAACUUCAAUGUUCACAUUUUUUUUUAGAUCCAACUCAUACUAGUUAACCAGUGCAUGCUGUCACCACACUGUCCUUAGAUCUUUUUUUUUUUUUUUCCUCACGGCAGACUUUUUAUAGGUGAAACAUGUCUUAGUAACAUCCACACAAACCAGUUUAUGAUAACCACAUUAAGUCAGACAUGUUCAAACUGUCUAAGUUUUUCCAUAACAUUUCAUUAGCCAUUACAACGAGGGGGUGGAUGUAGCAACAGCUUUUUCUUCUUUUUUUUUUAGCAACAGCUUUAAUCUUUAAAUUGUUAACUCAACUGAACAAUGCACCUUAUCAUUUAUCCUUCCUGUAUGUUUUCAGUAUGUUCCUAUUUCUUGUGGAUUUGUACAUAUGCGAAUCUUGUACAUUGUUUUCUUACACAAUUUUUUUUGUAUAUAUUUGUUUCAUUUUUUCAAGCUAUUGUGCAUCGAUUUCUUUUUAGUAAUGGUUUUCAAGAGUGUUUUAUUUAAUAAUAAUGUGCAACUGAGCUACUUUGACCAAGCAAUUUCCUUUGUGGAUGACUAAAUUCUAAGCUACCUAUCAGUGGUGAUUAUGUUGUGGCUGUCAGUGUAUAAUGACAUUCUAUCUCUGGUCAGGGUUUGUGUAGGGCUCAUGGUUUCUGAUGAUUUCAUAAAACCAAAUGUAGAUGUAUAAUCUAUGUGUUUGGGAAGACUGUAUGAACACGACAGACAAAUCAGAUGUACUUGAUAAAUAAAACACAUUUAUUUACACAAAUAUUUUCAAAUACUAGUCUUCUACAUGAGGACAUAAAAAUAUAUACAGUGAUGUAGGGACUCAUACUGCUCCAUCCACAGAUUAAUGUGUACAUGUUAUGAUUUAUUUGCAUCUUCAGUUUUUCGAAAAAGAAAAAAAAAAGGAUGUUUAUGUACAACAGGACCUAAAACUUAUUUUCAAACUCUGGCACUAUAACACUGGGGAAAAAAACUCUACCCUUCAAGUGCUAUAUAACUUCACUGCAUCCCUCGACAUGUUGGUGAAAGCCAAUAAACUGUUUUGAUACCUCAAAAAAACAAA